AUGAUUUCUGUCCACCACAAGACUACAGUUUUGAUCAGUAUGAAGCUGGCCCUUCCAACAACUUCUCCACUGCCGAGAAGCGUCAAGAAUACAAAGUUUCCAUCUGAUGAAGAGUUGGCAUACCUCAGGAGCUUACGUCAUCCAGGCUAUGAUGGAUUUUGGGUUAUGCACCAAACUUAUGCUGUCACGAUUGCAAACCACAUGCAAUCAAACACAAAUAUCAGUCUGGAUGGCGCAAUGACCAUCUCUAUGAAGAUUUUUGAGCAGGAUAGGAAGGCAAUGGCGGGGCGCGAAAGAAAUGUAGUUUCGUGUCAGGAGUCAGCUCCGAGAGUACUGAUUUUCCGAUUCCCUUCGUCGCCAAUCAACUAUGAUUUCUGUGCUCCACAAGAUUACAGUUUUGAUCAGUAUGGAGCUGGCCCGUCCAACAUCACUCCUUCUCUUUCACCGCCGAGAAGCGUCAAGAAUACAAAGUUUCCAUUCGAUGAAGAGUUGGCAUACCUCAGGAAGUAUGCAGAAGUGGCAGAAGAUUUCAAUUUCGAGAGGCUAAAUUUGGAUGUGAAAACGUUUGGUAUUAAAUGGGGACUUAUCGUCGGAAAAGGACACGCCUUGACCAUCCACAAGGCUCCUGAUAAUGGAUCCAAGUUUUUUGUGACUGAAUUCAAGUUGAUUAAAUCUGUCGAAGACUUGGAGCAAUUCAUACAUCCAAUACUCCAGUCUGCUCAAUCGGCCAAGAAGCUGCUUGGAAUUCCUAAUGUAGCCGUUUUCUCUGGAUCCUCUGGAGCUGAUCAUAUCAUCACGAUGGAAUUGCAUGCAUCGCAAAUUCAAGGAUUCUUCGAUAUUCCAGUAGACAACUUGUAUGCCGAGCCAGCAAUUCUAAAGUACAUCAAAGAGUCGAUUCCAAACUGGCAGACACAUCAGUCAUCGUUUCACCAGAUGCUGGAAAAGAUGGCAAACCAGGAGGUUCUGCUCAAAGCUCACGAAUGCGACGCGGACAAGGAAAUCGCGCUCCAGGAGAUUUCCAACAUUCAUCAGGAAAAGUUCUCCAUCUCAGAGUAUGCAGAGAAGAUCAGGAACUUGGGCACCUACGCAUAUGAUUACCUAGAGGCCACCUCCAGGGAUCAUCUCAUGAGUAAAGAGUGA